CUGGAGAUCACCUUCUGCUGCAUUCCCACUACGACCUUAACCCACGCCCCCACAUCCGCCACACCUCUUCCUCUCUUUAGCCCACUCCUGCGGCUACUGCCUUGGUCCAUGUCGUCGAAAAACACACAAACGCGCUACUCUCGGGCACUCUCCAAGGUUCUGCGGCACACGGCCCGUUCCUGUGGUCUUAAGCUGACCGAGGAGGGCUACGCCAGAGUGGAUGACCUCUUGAAGCUGCCCCAGUUCAAAGGCCUCACAGUCGACGUGCUGCAGCAGAUUGUCGCUGACAACGACAAGCAGAGAUUCGCAUUGAGCACCAUCAACGACGAACUGCAUAUUCGCGCAAACCAGGGUCACUCGCUUACUACUGUCCACGUGGACAUGCCCCGCAUCACCGACCCCGCCGAGAUUCCCCGCGUCGUCCAUGGCACGUUCGCUAAAUUCUGGCCCGCCAUUUACGCGAACGGGCUUAGCCGAAUGAAGCGACAACACAUCCAUUGUGCCAAAGGCCUCUUCGGUGAACCCGGAGUUGUUUCGGGCAUCCGCAAGUCAUGUGACGUGUUUAUCUUCAUCGAUGCUGCACGUGCAAUGGCCGAUGGAGUCGUUUUCUACCGCUCUGAGAACGGCGUCAUUCUCACCGAAGGCAUCGACGGCGUUUUGCCAAGAAAGUUCUUUCUGCGAGUCGAAAACAAGAACGGUGACGUUUUGUACGAUGCGUCCCGUCCGACGUGCUCUUCGUGUGUCUGCGACGCGUCCUCGGACGCGUCGCGUAAAGUCGUAAAUGCAAAACGCGACGCGAUCGACGACGCGUCGGGUCCUUCCGACGUGUGGUCGGAUGACGAGCGUGCUGUUUCGACACAGGAAUUUCAGCGGCUGCGCGAGCAACGAUCAAACAUCGGCUACGGUGAAGGCGUGGUCCGCGGGAAAAUCGAAAUUGCACAAAAGGCCUUUGACGAAGGCUACGUCUUAGGCUCGCACGCCGGCUGGAAACGUGGUGUUGAACUGGGGAAGCUGGAGGCGCUGCAAUACCUUCGUCACUACCCCCACCAAGCCGGUGAUGCGCAUCCGCAAGCCCCACGGGAUGCUUCACCAACUCAAAAUUGCCGCUCCAAUGAGCUCGAUUCCGCCCCGCUUGACCAGCAGCUCGCUCAGCUCCGGAUUUCCUCCGAGUUUCCCCGAUAUGUCGAUGCAGAACGCGAAAAAUUAGCUGCCAUCGUCAGGAGAGACUGAGUAGUCGAGUAGUGUUACAUGUACUUUUAAGUUAUUUCCCUGCAUCCUUGACGUAAUCCCCACCAUCUGCCGCCAGCCGAAGCUGUCGUCUUCGUGUCAGCUGUGUCGCUCACCUGCUUCCCUGUCCACCACCCCGCACACGA